AUGAAUAGCAGCGGCGAGCAUGAUCCACGAGUAUGCACCAAAGUGCUGCAUAUGAGAUUAGAACAUGGUAAGCCCGGGGUAGAUGUGAAAGUGCAAGAGCUGUGCAUGGAUGAUGGCGUUGAGACUUCGGCGCUGGACAGCGAAGCGUUUGACGCUGCGUCUGGUGGCAAGGUAGAUUCACCUAACCAACUGGCUAGAAUGUCAGCCGAACGUUUUUCUCCAACACACAUUAUAUCCAACGAUGCUCUAUCUAUAAAGGCCAGUCUCGCCUCCGAGCUGUCUCAUCUAGCUAUGUCUCGCAUAGUAGUUGUGCAUACGGUCGAGCAACAUCCCUUUGGCCCCUUUGCUGGUGGCGUGCCAGGUCAUUCAAGUACAACGCGCGAAGCAGAUCUUGUUCAACAACUCGACGGUAUCUGUGGCGUGCCUGAGGCUAUCGAGAAGUAUGCCCUUGACCACGGCCAGUUUCAAACACGCUUCUUGGUGCAUAAUCCCUGGACGUAUCUAGUUGGGAAAGACCAUGAGAUGCCAGAUCGUCUCUUCAACUGGGACAAGAAAUUCAUUGGCAUGAUAAACCCUUGUCCAGUCAAGGGCUCGAGUAUCUAUGUUAGUCUUGCAAGAACGUGCUCGCAGUUUGACUUUUUGGCCUACAUGAGUUGGGGCGCCGACGACGCAACUGUGGAGCAGAUGGGAGAUUUGCCCAACGUGACGACCCGUCCGUGCUGCGUCAAAGAAGAAGAUCUCUGGCGCGAUAUCAAAGCCUGGGGCAUGGUGGUGGUUGAAGCUCACCUUCGGGGCAUCCCAGUCGUGCCCUCAAAUGCAGGUGCACUCUCUGGGUCAAUGCUUGGACUGGAUUACAUCAUCGGGGUAGAUCCUAUUAGCGGCAAACGCGAUGAGUCGGGGCGGUACAUUGUACCGGAGAAAGAUGUAGGGCCAUGGGUAAUGGCUAUCACCAAGCUCAUGCAGGACAGGUCUGAGUAUGAGAGACAAUCGUUGAAAUACAAUAAUGAGGCUGAUAUAGAGACAUGGUUAAUGGCAUGUGGUCAAACUCAAAUAUGA